GAUAGUUCCAAAAUCAUUUUGAGCAUAGAAUCAUAGCAUGGAAGUGAUGUACUGUGUCACUCUUGUGUGCAUGUUUGUGCUCUUCCUCUUUCUCUCCCUAUACUUACUUUUGGGUAAUAAGAAAGAUUCGUCCGGCGACCCUCUGCCGCCGGGAAGGAGCGGAUGGCCGUUCAUCGGCGAGACCUUCGAGUUUUUGUCAACGGGGUGGAAGGGCCACCCUGAGAAGUUCAUUUUCGACAGAAUGGAGAAGUACUCAUCCGCCGUCUUCCGGACACACCUUAUGGGCGAGAAGGCCGCCGUCUUCUGCGGAGCCAACAGCAACAAGUUUUUGUUCUCAAACGAGAACAAGCUCAUGCAGGCAUGGUGGCCUGAUUCGGUGAACAAGAUCUUCCCAUCCACAAGCCAGACCUCUUUGAAAGAGGAAUCACUGAAAAUGAGGAAGAUGCUCCCCACUUUCUUCAAACCGGAAGCGCUCCAACGGUACGUCGGAAUCAUGGACGACCUCGCCCGCCGCCACUUCGCCGACGGCUGGGAAAGCAAGAAUCAAGUCCACGUCCUCCCCCUCGCCAAGCGCUUCACCUUCUCGCUGGCCUGCCGGAUCUUCAUCGGCGUGGAGGACCCGGUCCAGGUCGCCCAGUUCUCCGAGCCCUUCGACGUCAUCGCGACCGGCGUCUUCUCCGUCCCCAUAGAUCUGCCCUGGACGCCGUUCCGGCGGGCGAUACAGGCGUCGGAGCUCAUAAGGAAGGAGCUGCUGGCGGCGGUCAUAAAGCAGAGGAAGAGAGAGCUGGCGGAGGGGACGGCGACGGCGAGCCAAGACAUUCUGUCGCACAUGCUGGUGACGAGCAACGAGGACGGGACGUUCAUGGCGGAGUGGGAUAUCGCCGACAAGAUUUUGGGGCUUCUCAUCGGCGGCCAUGACACUGCUAGCUCUGCUUGUGCCUUCGUCGUUAAAUAUUUGGCUGAGCUUCCUCACGUCUACCAACGUGUCUAUACAGAGCAAAUGGAGAUCGUGAAGUCGAAGAGAGGAGGAGAAUUAUUGAACUGGGAAGACAUUCAGAAUAUGAAAUACUCAUGGAAUGUGGCAUGUGAAGUUUUGAGGCUUGCCCCACCCCUCCAGGGUUCUUUCCGUGAAGCCUUGACAGAUUUCACCUUCAAGGGCUUCCGCAUUCCCAAAGGAUGGAAGUUGUAUUGGAGCGUAAAUUCUACACAUAAGAAUCCAGAAGUGUUCAAAGAACCAGAAAAAUUUGACCCGACAAGGUUCGAAGGGAGUGGGCCAGCUCCAUACACAUACUUGCCAUUUGGGGGUGGGCCGAGGAUGUGUCCUGGAAAAGAGUACGCGCGGCUAGAGAUAUUGGUGUUCAUGCACAACCUCGUGAAGCGCUUCAAGUGGGAACAAAUUAUUCCACAAGAAAAGAUUGUGUUCGAUCCCAUGCCUAGGCCUGCUAUGGACCUCCCCAUUCGCCUCUAUCCUCACAACCAUUAAUCCCCCCCCCCCCCCCCCCCCCCCCUCAUAUUAUUUGGGUCACUUUUUUGUAUUAUUUCAAAUUACUUCUUUCACUAUAUUUUUCAAAAUUAUCAUAAAAACCGUCCAAAACUUACUUUUUUUAUACCAACAUAAUUUUAAAAAAUUACGUGAAACUCAUGCUAGAGAUAGUAUGAAAGGGAGGGGUUAUAUGCUUUCAACUUAGAUAACGGCUCAUUCUAGUACAACAGGGCCACUAAUAUGUACUUUGAAUCGAAUGAGAAGAGUUCUUGAUGUAAAAAUUUAAAAUAAAUCCCAAUCGUUAAUUUACUUCAAAGCUUCACUACUUUCGAUAACAUUGAAAUUUAAGAGCAUUUCAAUAUUCAUCUCCUUUAACUUAAGUUGGUAAC